GAUACACUGUUGUCGAACCAAACCACAGGUUGGCUUCGCUGGAUUGAGGUUUCCAGGCUGUCAGCGGUGCAAGGAUCCAGUUCAGACAGAUUUCCUCAGUCCUUUGCAAAGAACAGUAUAAUUUAAAUUCUUCGCAGUCUUUGAAAUUCAACAGCAACAGCACAAGUUUGUUUUUUGAACAUUAAAGAGCCUGAAACGACAACGGGAUAAUGGCGGAUCAGCUGACUGAAGAGCAGAUUGCUGAGUUUAAAGAAGCAUUUUCGCUGUUCGACAAGGAUGGCGACGGUACAAUUACAACCAAAGAGCUGGGGACAGUGAUGCGCUCUCUGGGACAGAACCCCACAGAGGCAGAGUUGCAGGACAUGAUCAAUGAAGUGGAUGCUGAUGGUAAUGGGACUAUUGAUUUCCCUGAGUUCCUGACGAUGAUGGCCAGAAAGAUGAAGGAUACAGAUAGUGAAGAAGAAAUCAGAGAAGCUUUCAGAGUUUUUGACAAGGAUGGGAACGGGUACAUCAGCGCAGCUGAGCUACGACACGUUAUGACCAACUUGGGUGAGAAGCUCACUGAUGAGGAGGUGGAUGAGAUGAUCCGUGAGGCUGACAUCGAUGGAGAUGGUCAGGUCAACUAUGAGGAGUUUGUCCAGAUGAUGACUGCCAAGUGAAGAGAGCUCCGAUCUUUCUCUGUGUUACUUGUCCUCUUGAGAUUUGUCUUUAAGAUUAAAAAAAAAAAAGAACAAUAAUCAAACGGUAAACAAACCCCCAAGAUCACUAAUCUGUAGGAUUUUGCGAUUUGUGCUUCAGUGCAUCCAACUACUUCUAAGGUCUCUGUUUAGUUAACACCAACAGUAUAAUCCCUAUAGAAGUUAAGGGGCAACAUUUAAGAAGGCAAAGCCCUCCACCAUCAGACCAUGGUUCUGUGAGUCAACCAGCCCUGAUUAAUCUAGAGGAAAGAGCAACACUGAAAAGGCAGAAGGGACAGCAGUCGGGAUACAGUUGGCUUAGGAAAGUUGGUGGUUUAAAAAAAAAAAAAAUCUUUCCAGUUAAUCCUCUCAGCAACGAAAAAUGUCUUGCACCCGUGGUGACUCUGUAAUUAUUAAAUCCAGUACUCCUCUUGCAUGCACCCUUUCUGUGACCAUCUCUUGUGACAACAGGGACGCUCUGAUCCCGUCUGAGGUGGCGGUCAGACCGUGUUCCCGCUGGGAGGCACGUACAUAAACAUAUAUCUAUAAAUGUGUAAAAUGUGUGUCACUUUUAAUCAUUGCAAGAGCAAUUAGUUGAGAUAUAGGGUGUUCAUUGGUGCUUGGCUGGAGGUGAGUGUUUUUAUACCUCGAAAAGGUUCAGAGAUAAAUCAGGCUGAUGUGAUGGAGGUUUUCUCCCAGGUGGGAUGAAGUUUUGUCAAAGGCUUUGAACAGCCAACAGCUCUGUUUGGAUACAGGAGAGUGUUGUGCUGCUUCAGGUUGGUUAUUGUGAGAGAAAAAAACACUUCAGGCAGUUGAGUAAAACUGCAGUUGAUACAUUAGUUCUGCAAUCAGAUAUAAGACAAUAUUGGUGUAAUGCUUUUUAAAUGUUUUCAAAUAUUAAUGUAUUGAUGACAAAUUUUGGUUACAAAAUAUGACUCCUUCUUCCUCUUUCGGCUUCUCCCAUCAGGGGUCGCCACAGCGAACAAGUCGCAAAAUAUGACUAUAUAUAUAAAUAUAAAUAUAUAUAUAUAUAAUAGUGUAUUGUAAAGUUUGCAUUGCUUAAUGUUGUAGUAAAUCACCUGUGACAUGUUUUUUUUCCCCCUUCAGUUUUGAAAUGUGCCAAACGCCUCGAACUUCCUGCAAGUCUUGUAGUUCAGAAAAUAAUAAAUCUGCAUAAUAUAACAAAAUGAUGCAUUUGGAGCAUAUUUGCACUUUGAUAUAAACUAUAUGGAUGUUGGAGAAUUAAAUAACGUAGUGCUAAAAGAUAAAAAAAAAAAAAAAAGAAAUACCAAAUGUCACUGUAACUGCUGCUAUAACAAUGUGUCUGACUCAUUUCCUGUCUUUGUUGGUGUGUAAUCUUCAGUUUGUAGUUCAGUGAAUAAACUUAAGUCUGCUUGCUGUUUUAUUGAACAGAUUAAAUAUAUUGUAUAUUCACUAAAGCUACUUUUGAAAGGUGGCUGGACUUUAGUUUGGCUCAUUGUGGAACUUUAUGGAGGGGGCGGAGUUAAAUGUGCAACAGUGUUGAGCUUUGCUGACUAUUGAGUCAAAGAGGCAGGUUAGCUGAAUUUCUUUUUUCUUUUUCUCUUUUUGCAAAACGGUGAACGUUAAAUGUUGCUUUCAGGCAUUUCCGGAUGUCAGGCGUUUGGAAGUUAAUUGAAAAUUGACUAUUAAUUACUAUCUGAAGGAAUGUCACAGUUGUAAAGAUGUGAUAUAUUUUCCAUAAAUCAAUAAAUUGACUGAGCUUUCA